AUGGUGGCCAAGGCCAUGCCCAAGUUACGUAUGGACGGCUCUCCUUUAAAACGGCCACGAUCCAUUGAUUUACCAAAGAUCGAUGUAAAUGAAGCGAUUGCACAUCUGCAAAGGGCCUUGACGACAAAGCAACGCCUGAUGGCCUUGCAUCACGUUCAAAAUCUGAUCGAGGGCGAUCCGACGGCAAUUUCUUGGAUGGUAGAUUCUGGUCUGAUACGCAUUCUGCAACUGCAGCUUAGUUAUGCUCUUCAACGGCAUGGAUCAACAAGUCAAGAGCUCGGAACACUUUGUCAAGUUUUUGAUCUUGCGCUCCGGACUUCGCCCGCUGGUUCGCUGGAGAGUGCUCUCGACAAAGAAGCAGGGCGAUCCCUGGUAAACCUUGUUGCCGAUGCUUUCCCAUGGGGAUUCCACCAUGUCAUCGUGUCAAUUUUGCACACUAUUUCGCAAACGAGCUCUGGAGCUUUUCUGAUCCUUCACUGCAGCAAAGCAAUGCAUUGUGUUACUGAACUUUUCCGAUGCUGUCGUGCGUCAUCCACCAGCAAAGAAGCUGUCUUCGAGGCCCUGGGAUUGCUUAAGAACCUAACCUACUUUUCGGAAGAAUCACGUAAUAUAUUGCUUGACUUACCAGGAAUCGUCGGGUCACUAGCGAACGUGGCUGUAUUUGUUGAUCAAAAGGGUCACGAGAGAUUGUCAGCUAUCUGGCGCAACCUCUCCGUAUCAAUGGAGACACGACGGCGUUUGGCGCAGGAUCCUGAUGUAUUAAACGGCCUUCUAGAGCUGGCUGAUUGUACCUGCUCUUACGCCCUACGAAAUUUGCUAAACACAACAAUCAGUCUUUCAAUGGACCCAGAAUCAUGCGUGAUACUUGUGUUGCACGGAGACGGAAUCUUUGUAAACGUCUUGCGGAGACUGCUAGUCACCGAGACAGAUGCGCUCAUUCGAAAGCGUGCAGCACGCGUCAUUAAGCUUUGGGCUUCAAACGAUUUUGUCGGUCCAAUACUAGUCAAAGACAGAGCGUUGAUGGACGUUCUGUCUCAGCAGGCUUUGCAAGACCAAAACGUAGAUGUUCGCCACGAAGCAGCUGACGCAUUCUGCCGGUGUUCUCAAAGAAUCCAGUCACCAAUGCCUCAGCACCAACUGGUGCUAGAUGCGAUCAUGUUUCUGGCAGAGCAGUCAAGAUUACCCGCUGAAGUGCUAGCACGAACUCUGAAAGCGCAAGCACUUCAUCCCAGAAAUCGCAUUCCAAUGGCUGAGCGCAAUUCGCUACUUUCUGCACUAGCUCGCAUUGCUCAGCAAGAAGGUGUCCCCAAUUCAGCUCGCGAAGAUGCAUGCUGUGCUUUGGCUUAUCUGUCAGACGAAGCCGCCAACCUGCCAAAGCUAUCAACCGCUGGUAUCGUUGAAGCAGUCACGUACAGCAGAGAAUCUUCCCAAGCUAGCUACACAUACAAAUCUUCUUCAGGCUCUGAUACAAUUUGCGGCUACUUCAAUAGAAGACCAACUCAAGUCUAA